AUGAUUUUGCUAAUAAUUGGCGUCCUGAUAAUAACCUUGUACUUUUACGGUACAAGGAAUUUCGAUUACUGGAAGAAGAGGGGCGUUCCGUACGAGGAGCCUCUGAUAUUUUUUGGCAGCAAUCUGAAGCAAUUUAUCGACGGAGUAAGCGUAACUGAAAGAUUCGCUGCGCUAUACAACAGGUUCCCUGGAGAGAGAUUCGUUGGCUUCUUCGAGGGCAACGACCCAGCGAUCCUUAUUCGGGACCCUGAAUUAGUCAAGCAUAUACUGAUAACAGACUUCAAGAACUUUUAUUACCGAGGUCUGAAUCCAAACAGGCAAGCCAUAGAACCGCUGUUGCAGAAUCUGUUCACAUCCGAGGGUGAUGUGUGGAAGUUGCUAAGACAGAAGCUAACGCCUACAUUUUCGAGUGGCAAAUUAAAGGCUAUGUUCCCUCUGAUAGUGGAGAGAACGGAAAAAUUAGCGAAGUUAGCUGAAGGUAUGGCUGAGACAUGUGAUGAGCUUGAUAUCCGUGAUCUGAUGGCUAGAUACACCACAGAUUUCAUUGGGGCAUGCGGUUUUGGUAUAGACUCAGCCGCCCUUAACGACGAAAACUCAGAUUUUCGAAAACUUGGCAAGCGUAUUGUAACGGUAACCAAGAGAGACCAUUUCGUGUCGCUUCUAAAAAGGAUGAUGCCGGUUUUAUGCAAGGAUUUACACUUUUUGGCACCAGAAAUCGAAAAUAACACCGUUUCUAUCGUCCAGCAGAUUAUGGCGCAAAGGAAUUAUAAGCCAUCAGGCAGGAACGACUUCGUGGAUAUGAUGUUGGAGCUUCGAGAGAAGGGGAAUCUGGUCGGUGAAUCGAUCGAGCACAGGAAUCCUGACGGUUCACCCAAGAUCGUGGAAAUAGAAUUGGAUGAUCAGUUGAUCGCUGCCCAGGUGUUCAUUUUCUUUGUCGCCGGUUUCGAAACUUCUUCAUCAGCCAGCAGCUUCUUGCUCCACAUGCUGGCUUAUCACCCGGAAGUACAGGAGAAAUGCCGGAAGGAAGUCGACGAGGUGUUGAAGAAUCACGGAGGGAAACUGUCCUUCGAUGCUGUGAAGGACAUGAAGUAUCUGGAAAUGUCCCUCAAGGAAAGCGUCAGGUUCUUGACAUCUCCUGGCUUUUUGAUUCGUCGGACGGUCAAUAAAUGCACUCUACCGGGCACCAACUUCACGUUAGACGAAAACAUGGUGAUGAUAGUGUCAUCGCAGGCCAUGAAUAUGGAUGGAGAGCUUUUUGAGAACCCUGAGGAGUUCAGACCAGAGAGAUUCAACCCAGACAACAUUGGUGACAUCAAAAAAUGCACUUUCAUGCCAUUCGGCGACGGACCCAGGUCCUGCAUUGGUGAGCGACUUGGAAUCAUGCAAUCUUUGGCUGGAGUGGCCACAAUUUUAAGUAAAUUCACGUUGUCUCCAUCACGUAGCUCGUUACGUAAGCCACGUAUUGAUCCGAUGUCCACAAUCGUUCAGACUGUUAUCGGAGGACUGCCACUGUCACUUAAACGUAGAAAAGAUAUCUUAUAAAUAAGGCAGCUUUCAAUAAAAUUAUUAUUUAUUUAUUUUUUAUUUUAAAAUUCAAUUAAAUUAUUAUUAUUUA